CUGCCUCAGACUCUUAUUCAAUCAAGAUUCCGCCGCUUUAAAGGUCUAUAGAGAAUUUCUCCAACGCAGCAAUAGGUCCUGUAUGCGCUAUCUAAUAGGCCUAUUAUAUGCAAAUGUUCCCUAAGUGACAAGAUACUGCGUUUGGUCCUACCAACCUGUCAUACCUGGGGCCUCGAUCGGGAGACAUAAUUACGGUAGAUAAGCGUGCUGAUAGCAUGCUUGGAGGAUCACAAACCCGAAGGGCUGCCUAUUUCCUAUUUGUCAGGGGUACGCUUAUAUCUCUCACCGUCACGAAUCCGCCCACUUCAAGUAUAUUUUUGCAAUUUUUUUAACGUCUGUGCGUGAUUUUUUUUCUUCUCAAGACUCGACAACAUGUGGGUUUUUGAUUUACUGCAUUGUUCAGACUGGAUUGACAUCAAGAGUUUUUUUAUUUUUUCUAGUAUCUUCCUUCUGCUCACUGACUAUUUCAGGAACCAAGUUCCGAAGAACUUUCCUCCCGGACCAUGGCCACUGCCCUUCAUAGGGAACCUUUAUCAUAUAAGCCUCAAAAAGAUCCACAUUCAGUUUGCUGAGUUUGCAGAGAAAUACGGGAGCAUUUUCAGUGUUCGAAUUUUUGGACAAAAGGUGGUUGUUCUGAAUGGACACAAGGUUGUGAAAGAAGCAUUUAUACAACAAGGAGACAACUUUGCUGAUCGCCCAUCUUUACCCAUAUUUGAAGAUGUUUUUGGAAACAAAGGUGUGGUAAUCUCCAAUGGAUAUUCUUGGAAACAGCAGAGAAGGUUUGCACUGUCGACCCUUAGAGGCUUUGGUGUGGGUAAGAAGAGCCUAGAGCCCUCAAUCCAGUUGGAAUGUCGGAUGUUAAAUGAGGCUGUUUCAAAUGAGCAAGGGAGGCCAUUUGACUUUCAGAUCCUGAUCAACAAUGCUGUCUCCAAUGUGAUCUGUGUACUGGUGUUUGGUGAUCGGUUUGAAUACAGUGACAGUAAAUUCCAAGAUCUGCUGAAGAUGAUCAAUGAAGCUAUUUAUGAAGAAGGGAGUUUGUGGGCCCAGAUGUAUAAUGUGUUUCCAUGGAUAAUGCGCAGAGUGCCAGGCCCACAUAGGAAAAUAUUUGCACACUGGAACAAAGUGACUGACUUUAUCAGGAUCAAAAUCAAAGAGCACCGCACUGACUGUGACCCCACAUCUCCACGUGAUUAUAUUGAUUGCUUUCUUGGGGAGAUGGAAAAGUGGAAAGAUGAUGAGGCAGCAGGAUUUAACAUUGAAAACCUGUGCUUCUGUACAUUGGAUUUGUUUGUGGCUGGAUCUGAGACCACUUCCACCACCCUGUAUUGGGGUCUCCUUUAUAUGAUCAAAUACCCAGAAAUACAAGCAAAGGUACAGGCAGAGAUAGACCGUGUGGUAGGGUCAUCACGACAACCAUCAGUGGCAGAUAGAGAGAACCUGCCCUACACUGAUGCUGUCAUUCAUGAGAUACAGAGGUUUGGAAACAUCAUCCCACUGAACGUGGGCAGAAGUGCCACAAAGGACACCAAACUGGGAGAGUACGUCAUUCCAAAGGGUACAAUGGUGAUUGGGAGCCUCACAUCAGUUCUGUUUGACAAGACUGAAUGGGAGACACCACACACUUUCAAUCCAGGACACUUCCUGGAUGCUGAGGGUAACUUCCAGAGGAGAGAUGCCUUCCUGCCAUUUUCAACUGGAAAGAGAGUGUGUCUAGGGGAGCAGCUGGCUCGCAUGGAGCUCUUCCUGUUCUUCACCUCCCUGCUUCAACACUUCACAUUCUCUGCUCCUCCUGGUGUUGAGCCAACGCUCAAGUAUAAAAUGGGACUCACCCAUAGCCCCAUGCCUUACAAAGUCUGUGCUGUCCCUCGUUAACACAUCAGUAUAUCUGCAUACAAACAUGCACCAGUUUGAAAUGUAUGUAUUUGAGGCUUUUUUUGUUCAAAUAUGCAUUUUUGAAGUUGAUUUUUAGAUGCAUGUGCAUAUGUGCAGAAUGAUGUGUAACUUGAGUAUUAUAAUGCAGUUAAAAUCUUAAAUAUCAAAACUUUGAACAACCAAAUCACAUAAUUUCUGAUGUACUUUUUGUGUUAUGGUGUCAGUUAUGUUUUACGGAAGUAAACAGAGUCUGAUUUAUCA